AUGGACCAAGGCAUCUACGAUGAUGCGGAGUUCCUGGAGCCCAGCUAUGCCUUCGACAUGGGCUUAAAGCUUGAUGGCAUGCCGGGCAGCGAGGACAUCCACCCUGUCAUACGUUCAUGGAACGGGUCUGCUUUCUCCGUGCCCGACACGGCCGUGGCAGUGCACAUGCUCGGUGGGGCCAGAAGCGCCGUCGGCUGGCACACGCACGGCGCCACGGUGCAGAUGACCGUGCAUGGCCGGAAGCGAUGGUUCCUCUAUCCGCCGGGGCACUAUCCACCCGGUGAUGGCCCUGGUGGCGGCUUCUCAUUGACG